UUCAAAUAAAAUGCUCGUCUCCUUUCAUUUUCCCUAAAAAUUUAUCCCUUUUCUCCCAAUUUUUUCCGAGCUCAGAGUGAUCAUCAAUGGCUUCUCUAGAGUCACGCGAGGGUUUCGUCUACAAGGCCAAGCUCGCCGAACAAGCCGAGCGAUACGACGAAAUGGUCGAUUUAAUGAAGAGCGUGGCUAAACUCGACGUCGAGCUGACCGUCGAAGAGCGCAACCUCCUCUCUGUUGGUUACAAGAACGUGAUCGGAGAGCAGAAGGAGGAGUCGAAGGGGAACGAGAAUCAUGUGAAGAAGAUUAAGGAGUACAGGGGAAAGGUUGAGUCUGAGCUCUCCAAGAUCUGUAACGACAUAAUGUUGGUGAUUGACGAGCAUUUGAUCCCGUCGGCGAGCGCUGGAGAGUCCUCUGUGUUUUAUUACAAGAUGAAGGGGGAUUACUAUCGUUAUCUGGCAGAGUUCAAGACUGGGAAUGAGAGGAAGGAGGUGGCUGAAGAAUCACUUAAAGCAUAUCAGGCAGCUUCCAGUACAGCUGAGACUGAUUUGUCUCCAACUCACCCAAUUCGAUUAGGAUUGGCAUUGAACUUCUCAGUAUUUUAUUAUGAGAUCAUGAACUCACCUGAAAGGGCUUGCCACCUUGCCAAACAAGCUUUUGAUGAAGCCAUUUCAGAGCUAGAUUCGCUAAGUGAGGAAUCGUACAAAGAUAGCACUCUGAUCAUGCAACUUUUGAGGGACAACCUUACCUUGUGGACCUCUGAUAUUCCUGAGGAUGGAGCAGAAGAUGCUGCAAAGGAUGGCUCUGGGAAGGUUGCAGGUGAUGAGUGAUGCAGAACAACCAGGGCCAUGCUAGAUGUGAAGCAGGGAGGGGAUCAAGGAUGCGUUGAGCAUCCUUUGUUUUGUACCCACUCUCGGUUCAUUUAUUAUCUUUAGAUUGUUUUAGUUUUAGUUUUUGUUAUCUUUAUUUUUUUUUUCACGUGACAUAAAACUCAUGGAUUUUAUAGGCGAAUUGCUGCUGCUGUCAUAUUUUCAAGUUUUUUUUUUAAUAUCCCGAAGACGUAGCUCUUGUAGGAGCUUGUCACAUGAAAUGAUGAAUGUAUUAACUAGCUAUUUAUGUGGCUGGUGUGCGUGUUUGCUUCAGAGAGUCUGGUUUCUACCAUAGCUAGAUGCAAAGCUAUGGUAUUCAACAUGAGCUGCAUGAAUAUUUUUGUGA